AUGUACCGUUGCCAUCGCUCUCUGAUUGAUUCACUGGAAAGUGAUAAUAUUAUCUCAUCGAAUAUUGAUGAUGUUUUGAAUAAUGGUGAUGAUUCAUUUGUUAAUAUUGAUUUUAGUAAUCAAUCAGAUUUUAGUGAGGACUCUGAGUCCUUUAUUUAUCAAGACGAGGACCUUGAUGAAACAAAUCAUUUAUUGCUUAAUUUCGAUCCGAUUUCUUGUUCUGUUACUGAUAAAGAACUCGAUUUCGACAAACUUGCAGAAUUUUAUACCCGUUUUCUACUUGAACUUCGUGAAUAUCAUCUUCUUCUCCAAAAAGUCGUGCAAUCGAUUUCAUCUUACAUUUGUACUUUAUUUGAUAUGAUUCUUAAACUAAUUAAAACAAAAUUAUCAUCAUCACUUAUAUCAAUUACUGAUUUAGAAACAGCUUUCACACACGUUAACAGACUUAUUAGUUCAAUUAGUAAAAAUGAAUAUGUAUUUCUGAAACAAUGUCAAAAAUAUUUUAACUAUGAAUCACCAAUUGAAAUUGUGUUAAAUAAAGCCGAAGAUCGUGCUUAUUACAUUCCAUUAAAAGCAAGUCUAUCUCAUUUGCUUUAUAGUGGUGAAUUGCUUAAUGCCAUUACAGAUAAUAUUCAGUCCUUGGCAACUCAAUUAGAUAAAGAUAAUGAUUUGAUUUUAUCGAAUCGGCAAUCUCGAUCGGUAAAGUCAAAUAUUUCCAAUAAUAAGAAAUCAAAUCCUUUACUUCUCCAGUUAUAUACAGACGGAAUAGGAAUUACCAACCCUAUUGGCCCAAAUAAGGAUGCACACAAAUUCACAUGUUUUUAUUUUCUACUUGACGAUUUGCCGGACAUUGUACGAUCACAAGUUAAUUUAAUAGGUCUUCAUUGCAUGACUUACACCAAGCAUUUGCAAGACAAGGAAAGUAGAGAUACAUUAAUGAACGUACUGGUCGAAGAUCUUAAUCAUCUGCAAACUGAAGGAAUUACAAUUCCCUGUAUAUCUAGUAGAAUUUAUUUUAUUUUUUCGUCUCUCUCUGCUGACAAUUUGGCAUCGAAUGAGUUAGGUGGAUUUCAAAAAAACUUCAACUCAGGAAGUUUCUGUCGUCACUGCUUUAUAACUUAUGAACGACGUCAUAUACCAUUAACAGAUAUGUCUUUUGUACCUCGAACCCGUUUGAAGCACGAUUUAAUUGUCAAUCGAGUUAUAACUAACGAUGAUGGUCAAGCUCUUUAUGGUGUUACUGGUUACAGUUGGUUUAGGAACCUACUGGGCUUUCAUCCAACUGAAUCCCUUCCACCGGAUUUAAUGCAUGAUACAGCUGAAGGUAGUACAGUAUGA